GCGGAGGGGCCGCUGUGGCGGCGGACCCGCGCCCCGCCGGAAGCGCUGAAGCCGGGCCGGAGGCGGGAGGAGGCGGCGCGGGGCCUAUGGCGAAGGAGGGCGAUGGAGAGGCUCCGGAAGCUGUGGAGGGGCCGCACCAUGACCUUCGGGGUCCCUCUGUUGCUGUAUCUUAUUGGAGGAUCUUUUGGACUCCGUGAAUUUGCUCAAAUAAGAUACGAUGUCCACAAACUACAUGGCAAGGUUGAUCCAGCUUUGAAAGAAAAAUUAAAACAGAACACUGUGACACUGGAAUCUGAAUAUGAGAAGCUGAGUAAGACUGACUUGGAUAACUGGGAGAACAUCAGAGGACCCCGUCUGGGGGAAGAUUCUAGGACUGUUCAGAAGCAACAGCGGGAAGCUCUCCGUCUCAAGACACAGUGACUGAGCAAGCGUACUUUGGUGCCUCUGCAAAAAAACAAACAAACCAACCCAACAAAACAAAAAAACAGUCUCAGGCUGGACUGUCUUAGUUUUUAUUCCAGUUUCAUGAAUAGACAUGGGAGGGGGGAAUUGCACUGAGCAAUUGAUGCUGGUGUACGUACAAGUAACUCUGAAAUCAAUCCAAAAGGCACUGUAUUAUGUGAAACUCUUUGUUUGCAUCUGUUUGCACAGAGUUCCAUAGGCUGUAUAUAUGAAUUCUUAAUUAAAAAAAUAGCUGAUUAUUGUA